AUUACCGAAUUUUUUUAAUUAGUAAACCUUUUAACAUAUGUUCUGAAAUAGAGGGAAGGACAAAUGAAAUGACAAACAUUUGUUUAGUGGUCGAGAUUGAACUGUCAUUUCUCAAGAUUAAAAAAAAAAGUAUAAAAAAAGAAACAAAUUUUAAGUUAAUUGGGUAUUAAUUAUGGCAGACUUUAAAGUGAUCACUUCGGAUUUUGUAAAUCUCCACAUCUCCACUUCGAAGGAUGAGAUAUCUUUCAGUGAAAAGCGAUUUCCGAAAGACUUAACCAUUUCGGACUUAAAGGCAAAACUAGAACUAACGACUGGAGGUAGCUGUAACACCAUGCAGAUUGAAGCAUACACGAAUGAUAAUAAGUUAGUAUGUAAACUAGAAGACGACAAUGCGCUCCUAGGCUCUUACCCUUUGGAAAACGGCAUGAGGUUGCACGUUAUAGACCAGUUCCAAAUCAGAAACGAAUUAGAUUUUGGUAAUGAGCCAAAAUUUGAACUGUCAGAGGAAGAAUACUCGAAGAAAAGUGAUUCGGUCCGUGCAUUUUUGUUAAAAAAUAAAUUAGGUAAAUAUAAUGAAGAGAAUCAAAAGAAAAAGGAAUUACUAGAAGCCGAAGAAAAGAAAUUAGCAGAAAGUACUAUCGUUGGGUCUAGGUGUAAAGUUACCAUACAAAAUGCGCCUCAUAGGUUAGGCACCGUGAUGUAUUCCGGAUCUGUAGAAGGUUUGGCCGGGUACUGGAUUGGUGUCAAAUACGACGAACCACUAGGCAAGAACGACGGAAGUUUGAAAGGAAAGAAGUAUUUUGAUUGUCCUGACAAAUACGGAGCUUUCAUAAAGCCACACAACGUCCUGUGUGGCGAUUUUCCAGAAGAGGAUUACGAUUUGAACGAGGAGAUCUAAUUAUUCCUUUAAAUCGAGCCAUUCCAAUCUAUAUAUAAUUUUUUUUAAUUAAAAUUUAUGCUUCUAAUAUUGUGAUGCUUAGUGUUUAUCAGAAGUAUACUUAUACCCUUUUUCACAUAUUAAUUUGACUUAGAAUUUACAAAUUAAUUUAUUAUU